UUGAAGUCAGGUUUAUUUUUAAAUUCGUGCUGCCUCUGUUAAGAAGCAAGAGACUCCAGUGGUUUCUGGUGUGUGCCCUCAGGCAAAUCACUUCCUUUCUGGGGUAAGAUGCAAAGGCCUGUGCUCCUAGGAGUUGGCAUAUCACUCCUCAAAUGGGAACAGUCCUAAUUUGAGGAUUUCAUGUGUGUCAGAGACAGGGUCUAGCUCUGUCACCCAGGCGCUGGAGUGCAGUGGUGACAUCACUGGCGGUCCAGCACAGUGGUCGAGCUCACUGCAGCCUCGACCUCCCGGUCUCAAGUGAUCCUCCCGCCUGAGCCUCCUGGGCAGCUGGGCCCACAGGUGCCACGAUGUUUGGCUAAUUUUUAAAUAUUUCGUAGGGACGGAUCCCCAUGUUGCCCAGGCUUGUCUCGAAAGCCUGGGCUCAAGCCAUCCUCCUCUCUCGGGCUUUCCGAAAGUGUUGGGAUUACAGGAGGAUUACAGGCACGAGCCACCGUUCCCGGCAGAGGAUUUUUUUUUUUUUUUGAGACGGAGUUUCACUCUUGUUGCUUGUUGCCCAGGCUGGAGAGCAAUGGCAAUGGCGCGAUCUCGGCUCACUGCAACCUCUACUUCCCAGGUUCAAGUGAUUCUCCUGCCUCAGGCUCCCGAGUAACUGAGAUUACCGGCGCACGCCACCACGCCCUUUGUAUUUUUGGUAGAGACGGGGUUUCUCCAUGUUGGUCAGGCUGGUCUCGAACUCCUGAUCCGCCCGCCUAGGCCUCCCAAAGUGCUGGGAUUACAGGCGCGAGUCGGAUUUCUUUAUUAAAGGUUGACCUUCAUCAACCUCCAUUGGCUCCACCUCCUCCGCGCGCGCCCCGCACAAAGAUGGCGAAGUCGGUGCUGGGCGACUGUGCCUCCGCGCCAGGGAUGUAGAACCGAAGCCCCGCCCUGGGAAACGCGGCCCCGCGGCCCGGCGGCCGGCUAGUGCUGACGCGUGUCCGCACUCCUGCGCCUGCGCGGAGGGAGCAGCGAGACAGGUGCGCGUGCGCAGUGCGCGUCUGCGAGACCGACUUGGACGGACCCGAGCAGAUCCUCGGCUGCCUGCUGGUGGUCAGGGUUUUGGCAACUCCCCGGUGUGAGAGGGGUCGGGAGUGCUCUCGGCGGCGACGGGGCCGAGUUCACAAGCGGCCGGGGCAGUAGUCGAAGGCCCGGCGCGGCAUGUCCUGGAUGCCGCGGUGCGGGCAGUGAACACGCACCGGGCGGUAUGGGCCGGCGCCGGGCGCCAGAGCUGUACCGGGCUCCGUUCCCGUUGUACGCGCUUCAGGUCGACCCCAGCACUGGGCUGCUCAUCGCUGCGGGCGGAGGAGGCGCCGCCAAGACAGGCAUAAAGAAUGGCGUGCACUUUCUGCAGCUAGAGCGGAUUAAUGGGCGCUUGAGUGCCUCCUUGCUGCACUCCCAUGACACAGAGAAACGGGCCACCAUGAACUUGGCACUGGCUGGUGACAUCCUUGCUGCAGGGCAGGAUGCCCACUGUCAGCUCCUGCGCUUCCAGGCCCAUCAACAGAAGGGCAGCAAGGCAGAGAAGGCCGGUUCCAAGGAGCAGGGGCCUCGACAAAGGAAGGGAGCAGCCCCAGCAGAGAAGAAAUAUGGAGCGGAAACCCAGCAUGAGGGGCUAGAACUCAGGGUAGAGAAUUUGCAGGCGGUGCAGACAGACUUCAGCUCCGAUCCACUGCAGAAAGUUGUGUGCUUCAACCACGAUAAUACCCUGCUUGCCACUGGAGGAACAGAUGGCUACGUCCGUGUCUGGAAGGUACCCAGCCUGGAGAAGGUUCUGGAGUUCAAAGCCCACGAAGGGGAGAUUGAAGACCUGGCUUUAGGGCCUGAUGGCAAGUUGGUAACUGUGGGCCGGGACCUUAAGGCCUCUGUGUGGCAGAAAGAUCAGCUGGUGACACAGCUGCACUGGCAAGAGAAUGGACCUACCUUUUCCAGCACACCUUACCGCUACCAGGCCUGCAGGUUUGGGCAGGUUCCAGACCAGCCAGCUGGCCUGCGACUCUUCACAGUGCAAAUUCCCCACAAGCGCCUGCGCCAGCCCCCUCCCUGCUACCUCACAGCCUGGGAUGGCUCCAACUUCUUGCCCCUUCAGACCAAGUCCUGUGGCCAUGAAGUCGUCUCCUGCCUCAAUGUCAGUGAGUCUGGCACCUUCCUAGGCCUGGGCACAGUCACUGGCUCUGUUGCCAUCUACAUAGCUUUCUCUCUCCAGUGCCUCUACUACGUGAGGGAGGCCCAUGGCAUUGUGGUGACGGAUGUGGCCUUUCUACCUGAGAAGGGUCGUGGUCCAGAGCUCCUUGGGUCCCAUGAAACUGCCCUGUUCUCUGUGGCUGUGGAUAGUCGUUGCCAGCUGCAUCUGUUGCCCUCACGGCGGAGUGUUCCUGUGUGGCUCCUGCUCCUGCUGUGUGUUGGGCUUAUUGUUGUGACCAUUCUGCUGCUCCAGAGUGCCUUUCCAGGUUUCCUUUAGCUUCCCUGCUUCCUGGGAAUCAGGAGCCUGGACACUGCCAUCUCUAGAGCAGAGUGGAGGCCUGGACUCCCUUUGCUCACUCCAUUCGGGUCCACAGCUGAGGUUGCCUCUGACAAGAUGAAUGGGCACUGCCUGCCCUUCUAGUGAAAAGGCUUGGUUAUGGCCCUGCGUGACUCCGGGUCCCAGGAACCUUGCCUUCAUCAUCUGUGGAUCCAUCUAGAACAGCGGUAUCUGAAGCCCAGGCCAUACUCCCUGCCUCCUUCCUUCUACCUACCAGAGGCUCCAGAGUUGAGCUUGUCCUUUCUCUAGAAACAUGUGAAGAUGCCGAAGAGCCUGGAGGCACUGCUGUCCUUCCUGCAGAAACAGUUUCUCCUCCUCCCCUCAGCCUUGUGCCAGUUCCUCUUCACAUGAAGCCCCUGGCAUUUGCUGGGGAAGGGACUGGCCUGGUACUUGCUGUUAGGGCAGGAAGGGGCAAAAGGAAGACUUGGGUAGUAAUCUGGGGAUUCAGAUGGGUAGCACUAAGCCAGCCGGCCUAAAGAUGCAAUAAGUUCCUAGGUAGUCUACCCUUACCUUGAGGAAUGGGAAAAUGAACCUCAGCCCAUUAGGCAGGAAAAGUUGAUAUUUAAUAAACAAGGAAAGAGUGAACUGAGACCCCAAA